AUGAAUCUAUUAAGGUUAAUUUUUUAACAUUUUACUAUUUUACUACUUAAAUAUAGUAAAUUAUUAAUUAUAUUAGUAGUUUAGCUCAUAAAAAAAACUAUUGCUUACUCUACUAAUAUCUAAUAAAUAAUUUUUAAUUAAAUAUUUAUUAUGUUUGCUAACUAACUUUUGGUAAAUUUAGAAAAUUUAAAGUAGAUUUUCAUAUUAUAUAUAGAUCAAAUUUGUAAGAAUCAUAGUAAAAACUAAAGCAAAAAGAUUUUUAGAAAUUUAUUUUACUAGAUAACAUCAAUUUAAUAUACUAAAGAAAUUAGCUAAUAAAUAGAUAAGCAGAUAGAUAUAUAGAUACAAUACCUUUACAUAAUUUUUUAUAUUAUUAAAGCUAUGUCUAAAGUACCCUAACCUUAAAAUUAAAAUAAUCAUCAAAUAAUUACCCAAAAUCCUUAGCAGCCUCCUUCACAAAUAUAAUAACAAUAGAAUUUAAGGCCAUAAUAGUAAUAGCAAAGUUCAUAUUAAGUUGGUGCUAUGAGAAUUAUAGAUUAAAUAAUAGCUUAAACUAAUAAGAUGAAAGAAGAACUUAAAUAAAAAAAGUCUUCGAACCCAGAAUAAAGAUUAAGAGAAGCAGUAAAAAAGCAAUUAAAUAGUUAAGAAAGAUAUUUGCGCAGUUCAAAUAGCUACCAAUUAGAAGACUAGAGAAGGUUGCAUAAGAUUCCUGCACAAGAUCUAUUAAAUUGUAUAUCAAUUAUGACUAAAAUACACUUAGAAAAAAAGACUGAAGUUGAGUAAAAUAUCAAUAAAAAUAUAGAGCUCUUAAAAUUCUUACAGCAAUACAAAGCAAAUAAUCCUUAGUAAAAUUUUCAAGAAAGAGAAAAUAGUUAACAAUAGGCAUCUAAUAAUUAUAAUCUUAAUGAGGAUUCAUUUGAACAAAUAGUGGAAGAAGCUUAAAAAGAAAUUAAAAAUCAAAACAUAUACACUUAAUCUCAGUAAUAAUACCAAGAAAUGGAUUAAGAAGCAUAAUAUUAUUACCAAGGUACUGAAGUUUAGAAUAAUGAAAUGCUUGACAGACAACCUAUGGAAUAUCCAGAAGAGGAUUUCUAAUAUAUUUGA